UAUGCAUCACGUAUGAAUUAUGAUGAUGAAUUGAUGAUAGGAACGGAGUAUAUGAAGGAAGAAGAGUUGAGAUCAAUAAAUGGAGAGACAAUAAAGAGAAUUAAAGAUGGGAGAAGGGAAGGUUGAUGAAUGCCGAUGCAACUUUAAUACUCACAUUAACUCCUACUCCCACUUUUGGAUAUAUAACACACAUUACUAACUAACUUCCCUCGCACAACUUUAUUAUUGUUUUCUUUAGAUAUGUUAAUUCGUUAAUUAAUAGUAGUACAACAAAUUAAAAAAAAGUCAAAAUCAAUUAAAAGCUUGCAACGGCCUCCUAUCCCAUGUCAUGUCAUGAGCCUAGCUUUCUCGUUUAUAUUUCCGGCUCUUUUGGCUAGCUUCCUAAUAAAUUCCGAACUUCUGUUUUCUCCCAUCUUAAUGAUCUGAAUCGAUCUAGACACUCGGUCUGGUGAUGACGAAGAACAAAUCCAUGGAACCGAGAGAAGGAUCCAUGUAGGGGUGUUUUCAGAAUAUGCAUGAUGAUCAAUACAAUAAGUUAUAUUCGAUAUAUGUAGCUCCACCUCGAUCAUAUGAAAAUGAAUUAAAGAUAACUUCAUUUGUAUAUUUAACUUGUUAUUUUUCUAAAGGAGAUCAUGUGUUAAAUUAGAAACCAAAUCGUUUAAAACCAUAUACGCAUAUUCUUUUGGCUAGGGUUUCAUUGAUUGAUUGUGUUUAUGUUUGUGAAUUAUAUUCAUCUUGCUUACUUUUAGAACAAACAAAACGUUUAGUGUGUUUAGUAGACAUCAUAUUAUAUAGUAUUGCAAAUAUAGAACUCCAAUAAAAUAAUAAUUGGCAUUCGUAUGUAACACAUUAAUUUAUGUUUGAAAAUAUCGGUCAUUAGCCUUUGAAGUUUAAACUCAUGCAUAAAUAUAACCUAAAUGACACAAAUAUAAAUACUUCAACACAAAUGAAAAAAAUAACAACGUACUAUAAACUAAUUAAUAAAGGAUGUGAGAACAAAGCCUUUAAAGCUCCCAACAUAUCCCCUCCUCCAUGCAUGCAACCACAGUUAAGAUUUAUGUUUCUUCCCUUCACAGUUUAUUUCGUACUAUAAACUUUAACUUCAUAAACUGAAGCAUAUAAAAUAACGAAAAAUGUGUUUGAAAACUACACGAAAUGUCAAUAACACGUACGAUUAAACUAUAUAGUUAGAUGGAACCAUAAUUCUAAGUCCAUCAGUUAAUAUAAUUAUAUUCCGACAUAAAUUAGUUGUUAUUUUCUGGUGGUAGAAUUAAAUAUUCAGUACUUGUCUACCCGCUCUCAUUAAAUAAUUUUGAAGCGAUUAUAAAUGCAAAAUUAAAGUAUAUGUAUUUAAGGAUAUAUAUCUACUUGUCAAUAUAACAUAAAUUUAAUCAUACAGUAUCGAACCAUCUGAACUAAGAAUACGUAAGAAUGCGUGAGCCCAUAAAUUUUACAACUAUCAAUUCCACCUUUAGCAGAAAAAAAAAACAUAUCAUUUUACAAGAUUUUCAUACGUAUUGUAUGUUUUUUGUUUCCACAAAAAUGUCGUUUUAGCUUCUUUUUUCACAUAUGCAGAUAUAAUGCCUUAUAUAUUUCCAAGCAAGCUUAACAAAAAACAAAAUUUUCUUUCUUUAUUCUGAUUAAUAGCCUAGACAUAUAUAUACAAAUUUAGACAAUUUACACACAAAAAAAAAACGAUUUACUCAAUUUGUGUACAAAAAUCAAACAAAAUUUUAUAAUGAGAGGGAAGGACGCAGUGUAACGAAUAAGAUUAUAUGUUUGUUAAGAUAAAAAAAAAUGUUUGUGCAGAUGGUUGCAUGCAAAUGACACAAUAUUUUUACGUGCGCAGUGAUCAAAUACCUCUACUCAAAACUUUUUAAGUUUUGAUCCUUUCGUGCUAAUUAAGUCGUCUCGACUCUUACAGUUUUAUCAUGUUAUACGACCGCCUUCUGUAUAACAUUAAUGAAAGAUAGUCAACAACAUAUAAUAAAUAGUAUACUACUAUGAAAACUUAUAGUGUGAAGUUAAUACAAGUAAAUUAUAUUUUUGAAUACAAAUUGCAUCUGACGAUGAAAAUUAAAUAUGAUAUAUGUUCUUAUUGAUUACAGUUGAUUUGCCCAAGAAUUAGCUAGGUUUGAGAAGAUGUGCUGAUAAUGUCAAAUAAAUGCAUCACACAUUAAAUAUGUCAAAUAAAUUUUAAAUGCAAUAGAAAUAUACUAAUGUUUCAAUAGUCUGCCGGAAAACAUAGAUAUGCUAUAAAUAAUCAUUUAGACUAUUUGUGACUAUUUGUGCGUAUUCUUAUCAUUGGUUUAUUUGGUUGAUGUCUUUUUUUUUGUUGCAAAUCCAAAAAAGGUUAAUCAUACACACCUGAUCAAACAUCGUUUGGUGUUUUACCGUAUAGUAAGACCCGCGCAAUUGCGCAGCAAAAAUGUUAUAUAUAAAAAUAAUUUUUAUCUAUUAUUUAUUUGUAUUCAUUUACGUAUUAUGUAUAUAAUAAAACUAGAGUAAACACAUAAAUCAACAUAAUACAUCUUGUUUAUAGGAUAUUUUUUUAGUAAAUAAAUCAAAACAAUCAUUUUGUUUAUUUUAUAUAGUAUAUAACUAAAUUUAAAUGACAUGAACAUAGAUAUAUAGUAUAUUUUAAUAUAAAUAUUUAUUAUGAGAAUUCAUAUUCAUGUGAUAAACAUAAAAUUUCUAAUGUUCGAUUUUUUCGAAUGCAAAUUUCAAAAUUAAAAUAUUAAGGUUUCAAUACUUUUCCAAUACAAAUUUUAAAAUUAUCAUAUUUAAGUAUUUUUUUAUGUUAUAUAGUUUAAUUUUAAACUAUAUUAAUAUAUAAUAUGAAUUUCUAGUAAAUGAAACUUCAUAUUCAUACAAUUUAUGAUCAUUUGUAUCUUGUUAUUACCAAAAGAAAAGUUAAACCAUUGAUCACAAAAUUUUAAUGUGAGAUAUUUAAUAUUUUUAGUAAUUUAUAGUCGUUUAAAAAAUUUAAAAUAUAACAUAUAAGAAAAAAAAUUAAUUUUGUUUAUUAUAUGGUUAAUGUAAUUAUUUAAUAUUUUUAAUAAUAUAAAAUUAAAUAAAAAAGAACUAAGAUACAAAAAUUAUUAUCAAAUAUUUGUUAUUCAUAAUCAUUAAUUUUCAUAUAUACGUUAACUAUGAAAGUGACCUCUCCUCAUCCACCACUUGUGUCAAAAAGCAAUUUAGAGUUUCUGCCAUACGCAACAACAGACUUCUGUAUCUUCUCUCUUACACCGUCCGAUCUCGCGUGCAUCCUUUGAAGCACGUAGAUAAUCAAGAAAACCGGUGAUUUUGAGUUUAAAAUAAUAAUUGUUUGUCCUUUUUUGAGUUGUGUUUUCAAUAGGAGAUUACCAAAAAUUUAUUGAUUAUAACGUUUGAAUACAUGGGCCAAAAGUCACAUUUUUAAACCCUAAAACAGAAAGUUAUGGAAAACUCUGUUCAUCUGCUCCAUAGUCUGUUUUCAAGCACUAAUAGGGAAAAACUCUCUAAACUGAGCAAUCGUAACCAAAAAUAAUAGUGUAGAGAUGUUAAAUAAAUACAACAUACAAGCAUUCUUCUUCACCAUCUCCACACCGAUUUUCAAAGAAGAAGAAAGAAAAAAACACAGAGAAAAUGUCAAAGUAUCUUAAGGAGCUUGCUACCAAGGCUGUCCAUUACAUCGUGGAUACUACUCACUCUCAUGUUGCACGUCUUCCUCUUGAAGAAGCCAAAGUCUUUGAGCUUUCUAAAUUUUGGAAAGUUAUGGGUUAUGACACUGCUAUAAAGCUCGCUCCAUUGGUACUCACGAACUUCGAUCCUCCCCGUUUGCUUGAAGAUGGUUCUAUCGAAGUUGAGGGUUAUGAAAAAGUCUUCAACGUCUUCUGCAACAAGAAAAUUCUGAAAGUUGAGGUUCGAGGAGGAGAAAUGACUGGUGAACACUCUGUUAAGCCCAACAUGGUCGACACGUACCUGCAUGAGAUGUAUGUUAUCAAACCGCCAACUAGGUUUGAGAUGAUAGUUAAAUUUAUCGUCCAAUUGAAGAACAAGGAGAAGAGAACACGUAAAGAGGAGACUAAGCUACAGGAGGUGAAGAGAAUCCUCAGAGAACUUGACGGCGGUAAAAAAAACGGAGAUUGGUGCUACUCAGGCUAGGGAGUAUCUUUGUAGCAGAAUCAAACACUUGAAAGAGGUUGAGAAUCAGCCACUAUGGGAGAUGUACAAGCUUGAGCUCGAAAAACAUGACAACGAGGUUACCGCCAAAGAUGAUGGCGCAGGACCUUCCUCAUCCAAGUAGAAAGAGGAGGAAGAUGUAUCUACCCCGUGUGUUGCCUAGAUAGGCGUAUCUAAGUUGUAAGUUUCUUCAAGUUCAAAGUUCAUGUUGUUAGUGUUUCAAGGUCUAGUUGUUUUAAGUUUCAAAUUCCAAAUUAAGUAUCUACUUAAGUUGAAGUUGUUAGUAGAUCCAAGCUUUGAGUUGUAAGGUGUUUCAAGUUCAGUCUGUGUAAGUUGUUUUAAGUACUACUUAGUUAUUCAGGUUUUGUAACUAUCACAAGUGGUCACCCGAAUACAGGGCCGUCUCAAAUUAUACUAAAGCCCUGUUCAAAAAAAAAAUUACUAUAUAUUUAACAAUGUAAUAAAAUAAUUUUAAAAGUUAAUAAUUUUAUCUAUAUAUAUUUGACGUUUCUCUUUUAAUUAUAGAUAAUAAAUUUAAGAAUACAUUAAAAAGUUAAAAUUUUAAACCAAAUUUAUAUAUUUAUUUUAGAAAUUUUCUUAAGUAUUUUUUUAUUUUUAAGUUCGGGCCCUGUUCGACCGCUCCACUAGCACAUGCUAUUAGACGGCCCUGCCCGAAUACCAUCCACAGGAUCCAGUCCACCUGGACGCAGACAAUCUUACCACUAAAGCCAAUCUACCAGUUCUCAUCCCCACGGUACUCUAUGUCUUUCUUUGUACGAGAAUAAAGUGUUUAUUUCUUUUUGUUUGAGUGAUACUCUAUGCCUUUCCACGUGAAUCUCAUCUUUUCUAUCAACUUCCAGCACUGCCUCUUUAUCCUUCACAGAAAAGAUGCAGAAACCAUAACUAAACAAACCGUACUGUUACUUACCCCGUACUUCUAGUGAGCCAAAGAACUUAUUAUCACUUAGAUCCAGAGCUUUGAAUUGAUUGGCUAGCUCUGUGUCUUAGAAGUGGUUUGGUACACACUUAUAUCUGUAUUUCUCAUAAAUGAUAUAUUAAGCUAGCAUGGACUAAGAUCUGGAGAUACAAGACUAGUAAAGGAAACAUUUGUUCAUUUUUUAUAUGUGAAUCAACAUCUAGCGUUCACGAGUUUGAUUCCCUUUCUCCAUAUACAUGUAAAUUAUACAACGAAAAUUAUAUACAAGCAUGGUGCCUUCAAGAAUUUUAAAUAUAUUAAAUAUACACGCUAUAUCACCGCAAUCAUCAUAUCACAUAUUUUAUUUUAUUUCAACAUGCCUUUCUCAGACACUAUGAUAGUUAUAAUCUGAAUAAGAAAUCCUAGAUGUAUUCCUUAUCAAACGUGUUACGACUUACGAUCAUCAUGGGGUUGCAUAUAAAAGCAUUUACGCACUUUGAGUACAGUAGAGGUUUAUCAAAUGACUUUACUUACUAUAUAUAGCACUUUAUUAUAUAUUUUCCUUUGGGUAUCUUUCGAUCAUUUUGUUUUUGGCUUUAGCGAUACUACAAUAUUCAAUCUACAAUACAUUUGGGUGAGGGAAAAAGUAUGACAUGCAUGCUUUGUAUACAAGAAAGGGACAUGUAUAUUAGAUUUCUCCAUGCAUACCAAUUUGAUAGUGCAUAUCGUUACUCAAUCAGACUAUUAACUUAUCUAAUUAAUUUAAAAAAAACUUAUCUAAUUAAGUUCAGUAAUGUAUUCUUUGGAAAAAAAAAACAAUUGACAGAAUUAUAUAACUCAACGCAUCUAUAAUUCUCCAAAAAAAUGUCACAAAAUAUGAUUGUAUGCAUAAAUCCUAUCUUAGUAUUGUCAUGUAUUUAAAGUUUAGCAUGUGGUACUAGAAAUUUGACUACCUUUUAGUUAUUUGUGAAACUAGUAAUCAUGUAUUACAAAUUCACAACCGAAUUUUAAAUCAAAGUUUAGACAAGGCGUAAGAAUAUAUAUACCACCACAUAGAGAUAUAGUAAUAAUAUAAAGGAAAGAUAUCUUGGAAAUAGAAUCGAGUAUAUCGAUUUUAUCAGAUUAUAAGCCCACAGUAAUUGAAUAGUUUUUUAGUAUGUAUGUUGAAAUGUUUUGAAAAGAGAGAGAUUUAAGAGAAUCUAUUUACGUGGUUUGUUUUGGGUUUAUUAUUUGUUUAUAGAUUUAUCUUCUUCUUGUUUUUUUUUUUUGAAAGCUUGUCUUCUUCUUCUUGUUCUUUCUUUAAGUAGCUUUCUCCUUAUGUAGCACGAGUUUUCUGAGUUGUCGGCAGGCAAAAACACAUCCAUUCCAUGCAUUCAUGCAUUAGAAAAGACAAGAAGACCUAAUUUACUUAUGUGGAGCAUCUAUUUGAGCAACUCAGACCAGCAUUAUCGCAGGGUCCUUACUGGGUUUUUAAGGGAAAUGACACAUUUAAAUAAUUCAUCAGAAAAUAAAUCACUCGUUACCGAUCCUUAAGAAGGUGUUUUUGGCAUCGAUUAUUAAGUGUGGUUUUAUACCACGUGUCAAGAAGUGAACGGUUGUAAUUUUUAUUUUCUUUUUUCUUUUCUUUCUUCCUCUCUUUUGUUUCGCCUCUUCGUAUUCAUCGAAGAUGCAUGCGAUGGAAACGACGAUCGACGACCACUCUCCUCAGGGCGUCUGUCGUGCUCUCCGUUAGAAGACCGCUCGAAACCACCACAAACGACGACUGUGUCGGUGAGCUUCGUCUUCCCGUCAGAAACCGAUCGUAACCCACCACCGCCGACGACUCUCUCGGUCCUCACCGCGUCUCCUCCGGAUUGAAGAUUCUCUCAGGUGUGUGGUGAACGCAGCGGUGGUGAAGACCCGUAUCAUUAAGGGACUUCUCGCACCCUUUGAGCUCUCGACUGAAGCUCCUCCACCUGAAUCAUCGUCAAGCAACCAGUACUUGUGAUUCUCAGUGAGGGCUGCUACACGAGAUGCUUGGAUCUACCAAAACAAGAGAUUCAAAAGCUUGGAAGGUGUUUUUGCAUUAGUUCACUUUUUCCUUGACUUUCUCCAUGUGGGAGUGGAAAACAGAAGCGAUUCUUCAUGUUUUAGCGGAUUUCCUGUUCCUAAACAUAUCCAGUCCUUUUUUUUGUUGACUAUAGGAGGCCAACAAUAUCUACAGAAAAGGAAAAAUUUUAGUUCUCAAAUGAAAGCACUUGCAAACCAUUCCCAUUUCCUAGAGUUUACUCAUACAACAUCACCGGAGAAGAGAUAGGAGGGAGAUGAGGGUUAAGAAUGGAUACAUCGAUGGUAAUGGCAAGAAGUUCUCAUGUGGUGAUUGGUGCCAAGAUUAAUCGGAUACAAGAGCUGACGGACAAUAUAUUGCACGCCAACUUCAGGUCACCUUUACACUGACAAACACGUAAAUCUAAAUAGGGAGUACACAUGUCUCAUCCUCACCAAUCUCUUCCAUCGCACUGCUCUAUUAGCGAGAAUGGUAUAAGAGGCUGAUCAUGAGUUUUAUUCUUCGUCAGCCCCAAAAGGUUGCUUGACUCAGUUUUUGGGAUCUUGACAAAAUCUGUCUAAGCAACCUAAAAGAAAGCACGCAAGUGGAGGUUUCAUUAUUUUGCAAUUUAUGAUGACUUAGAUUCUGGGAAUGUGGAAGAGCUGGAGUUAGAGGGUAAAUAUGAAUGUCUCAAUGCCAGGGUUGUAUUUCAUGUAUUUUAUGUUUUUGGAAUAUGUGUAUUUUUCUAAAAUCUGAUAGAAGUUGAACUCAUAUGUCAAAUCUGAUAGCUCAUGUCCCUCAUGUUAAAUUGUAUAGAGUGCAGAGUAUAAGACCAUAUAAAUGGAUCGCAUGGAAGCAAAAGUUACGUGACGUGAUCCUCAAUGACUAAGAUAACUAUGUCGUCCAUCAUCAUCACUGUUGGAUAACAAGUUGUCCGUCCUGAUGAUGUAAAAUGAAUCAUACAGAUUCUCUAAUAACCAGAUAAUGAAAAACCUAUGAUCAAAAGGAAAAGAGAAUAUAAUUUAGAAAACAAAUUUUAAGUUAUAAUUAUUUCAAAUCCUGCAAUAUAGAAUUUAUUUUUUGUAAUAUAAUUACAUUAUAAAAUGCACAGCGUAGGGGCAGACAUAAUGUAAAAGAUGUAUCACCAAAACAUGUGAUUGAGUUGCAGAGACAGAAAGAACAAAAUACAACUCAAACUGUGAAAAUCUUAAAUUAAAAUCAAGCAAUCAAAAUCCAUGAUCCUAGACUUUUUUUUUCCAUGAUCCAAGACUUGAUUGGUUUGCUUUUUUCUUUUUCCGUUACAAUAAUUCUACUACUUAUUACAAAACUUUGCCACUACAUUAUAAAGGUUUGGGUAAACAACAUACAAAAAAUUAAAGAAAAAGAGCUGCUUAAAGCUUAAUUAUUAUUAUUUCUUUGUUAAAAAGCCUAAUUUUUGCACCUAUGUUCAACUAUUAUGAAGGCUGUUUGGGAGACUGAUCUACACGUGUUCACAAUACAGAUUUUACCAUAUCAAAUUUUAAUUAUUUAUUUAUUUUAUUAUUUUUUAAGAAACUUGGAGAAGUUCUCCCGAAAAUGAUGUCCUCUCACAGGAUUAUGAUUCAUUCUCAAAAAGUUCACCUACAAGGUUAUUUUUGAAAGUUCACAAACUUUUCAAGUAUGAUCCCUCUCCACUAUUUUCCUUAGUAUGCACAUACUAAUUUGAUCAACAUUCUAAUAUAUUUAUAUAUAUAAACUACAUAAUCUUUUACAUGUUCAAGAUGUAAUGAUGACAAUGCAAUUGGGGUAGUUGGGUUACUUAGGUAAUGUAUUCUCGCAGUAAUUGCAGAUAUUGUUUUCUCAUCCAAUUUGUAUUGUCACCUAAGCUUCACUAACAUAUUUUAACCAUGUCAUUGUAAAGGAUCAUAUACAGUAUUGUCACUGACUCUGUAUAAAUUCUUUACUCUGAAAAAUAGAGAGUACUGAAGAUUAGUGUCACUUUAAUUUAAACAAAAAAUGAUUAUUACAAAUAACAAUACGAUCUCAUAAUUCUAUUCAUUAUUUAUUUGUUUAUAAUAUUAUUUUUAAUCUACAAUGUUUUUAAAAUGUUUCAUAAAUUUAAUGUAAAUUCGUAUAUAGUUUUUUAUAACUUCUAUAAAGGACGGAGAUUCUCUUUAACAUACGAUUAAGUAUUAAACCAGUGUGUUUUUCUUUGCUUUUUAUUAUAAUUGUAACAUCGAGAAUUUAAAAUCUCCCAAAACCGUUCAGUUCAGAUGAAUGACUAUAAAAGUCAGUGUAUGAGAUUAAGUAAGAAAAUAUUUACUUAAUCUAUACAAGAAUUAAUAUUAUAGGAAAAAAAACAAACAAUUUUAACACUGAAUCAAAACCGCAACAAGGCUUAAACAUUUUUGUACAUUGGCAAACAAAAACUGUGAUAAAGGUAACUAUCUCUAUGCCAUAAUUUUGCUAAGCACAUGAGAACAUGAAGAAUGCAUGAAAUUUGUGGAUCACCAUGAACAGCUAACCCACAUAUAUGGAGCUGACAAAUGCUGAGAUAGAUCAAACCUUCCUUAUGCGACAUCUCUAUAUUGAAAAAGAAGUGUUAUGGAACUAAUGUGAUCUUUACAAUGCCACCAAGAAAGUGGCAUCUCAAUAAUCUAGAAAAUCGAUACAGUGAUUCUUAUUACUAUUAGCAAAUGGAAAAAAAAUUGAGUUGGUUUUACGGUGCUACACGCAUCGACCACUACUCAGUUUUCACAUUUUCAGUUUCAAUGUUUUUUACUUUAAUCAGCUUUGCAUUACUACCUUCUUUUCAUUUAAUAUGACAUUUUACUUUUAGUAAGAAAUGCAACUUCAAAUAAUCAUCACUUCCACUCCAAUAUCAUGUCAAAAGACUAUGAUUUCAGCAUAAAAAGUAAAUACUUUUAUAAAAUACAUAAAAAACUACUGGAACCCAAUCCUUCGAACCCAAAUUUUACGAGCCACAAAUAACGUAUCAAAUAUGGGAUCAAAUUUUUGUAAAAAGAAACAAUACGAAGACCAUUUGAAGUCCUCACAUCAUAUCAACGACACAACUUUUUAAUAUAAAAACAACUAUUAUAAACAAACAAAAUAUAUCUUAUCACAUAUAAUCUCUCUUUACCUAUAACUUUUGAAAAUGCAGACCUAAAACACAAACUACAAAAUCAUACAAAAAAAUAAUAACCUAGAUCACAAAUAAAAUAUAUCCCGCCUGUAGGGCGGGCCGACCCUAGUUUAUUAUAUUUAAAUGUUCUAGCGGAUUUUCAGCAAAUUUUGUUCGCCAAUCACCCUGAGUUAUUAGUAAAACAAACAAAAAAUGAGGCUAAAUAGUACAGUAAUACAAUAUAAUAGAACAAACAGUUAAUUAGGUGUUAUCGUGUCUUAAAUCAGGCACCCACUAUAUUAUUGCGAAAGCUUUGGCGUUAGGAAGGAUAAACUUAAUUAUUCCAUUAAUUACUUUUUGUAAAGCACCAUUAAACAUUGAUCCUUUGGUUUUUAACUUUUCAUUAUUUUGGUAGAAAGAGAAAAAUCUUACGUCAUACCAUACCACACCACAAAUUCAUUGCUAUAACAUUAAUAUAUUAUAUAUGCAGUUUGAAUUUUUUGUAAAAUUUAACUUACUAGUAUAAAAAAAUGAAACUUAAUAGUAUACUAUUUUACAGAACAUUAAUUAUAUACACUUUUUUUUCUUACAAGAUAAAUAUUUCAAAAUAACACUUUUUUCAAAAAUGCAUGUUCGAAGUUAUGUAAUUUUAUUAGUUUGUAAUUUUUUUUAAAAAAUUAAUUUUAAAUAUAUAUAUAUAUUUAGAAUUAUGAAAAUUAGGUAAAUAUAGAAACUUAUACAUUUAUCAUCAAAAUUUAUUAUGUUUUCUAAUAUGUGUAAAUACACAUAAACAUUUAUCUUUUAGAAACAGACUGAACAUGCAUUAUAAGAAAUCUUUGAAAUAGUUACGGACUGAUGAAAAAAAUUUUGUAGCUAAAUUUAUUAGCUACAAAAAUGGCAAGAGAUGGCGACGAAACCCAUAUUUUUGUUUUUGCAGCUAAAAUGUAGCUAUAUAACAAGAUAUGAAUUUUGUACAUAUUUUGUAGCUAAAUAGCUACGUAUUGGCAAAAGAUAAAUUGUUGCCAGGAAUAUCGAUUUUGGAAACAAAUAGCAAAAAUAGUAGAUUAUGAAUUUUAAAUGUUUAUGCCAAAAUUUAGUGAUACUAAAUAUUUAUUAAAUUGUCAUAAUAUAACAUGGUUAUAAAUAUAUACGAUAUAUUCAUGGUUAUAGAUCUAGCUUUUUGUUUGGAUACUAGAAGUUUCAGAUCUACAUUUCUGUUAUAUUUGGGAAUUUCAGUUUUUUUAUUAUAAUACUUUAAUAUUAUAAAAACAAUUUAUGUAAUCUUAUAGUCUGAAAAAAGUUUGUAUAGAUUAGUAGUCAAAACAAAAUAAAUCACUUGUGGUAAAAAAAAAAUCUCUCUAAGGCAACAAUGGAUCUAUUGCUAAAUGUGCUAAAUAAAUCAUUCUUUUGCUACUAAAACGUUUUUGUUGCUAAUUUGAAUCCAGCAUUUUAGAUACAAAACAAUACCUACAUUCACUGCGUCUUUGCUAAAGAAAGGUCCUAGUUAAACUCUGUAAUAGCAACGCAAUAUCUUUCGCCAAGACUGUUGCUAGUGAGCAACGGAACAUUCCCUAGCCAUGCCUUAGCUGUUAGCUAUGACCAGUUUUUUGCAAAUCUGUUGCGAGCGAGCUACGGUAUGGCGACGGAUCGGAGAUAGCGUCAACACUGACGCCACGAGUCCUAUAUGUAGCCAUCCGCCACCUUCUGUAUUGUAGCUACAUAUUGUUUUUUUAGCUAGUAAAAAUCAGUAGUUAUUUGACUGUAAUGGCGGAUCCAGAGAUUUAUUUUACCGGAGUCGGAUAUAUGUAAUUUCAAAAAAACAAAAUUAUGGUGUUAAUGAGGAUUAAAACCUGAGUUUAUGAGGUGUCAAAGUGUUCAAAGUAACUAUUUCUGCUACAAAAAUCCAUUGGAUAUUCUAUGCAAUUCAUUUAUUUAACUAUUUUAGGGGUGUCAAGUGACUCCCUUGGACCAUAGUGGGGGUCUGCCCCUGUUUGACUGAACUCUUGCAGUGAUGUUUUUUUUUUUUUUUUGGCUCAACAUCAACUUUCAUUAUCCAACAGCAAGUUUGUUACAAAUGACUUAGACCUCAAGAGAUUUAACCACAAGACAAUGGAGGCGAUCUAGUAUCACCUAGGAACACGUCUAUGGAUCCUACGCUACCUAAUCAAACUCCAUUGUACUCUUGUAACCACAAUGAGAACAAAUUUACUCCACGACUCGGAGCAAAUCGUCUCUUGAACCACCUAAAUUCUACCACUAUAAAAACAAGAUUACAAAACUAUCUCUAAACCACCAAGAUAAGCAGCUAGAGUGAGACUCAAGUGAAGCUCGAAGCAGUUGAUGCCUUAAGAUUAGAAUGUUGUUCAUGACCAACCGCUACAACACCUAUUGGUGCAAAUCCCACUUAGUUGAUUCCUAAUGGCCAGAGACUAAGGCUUUGCAAUCUUGCAAGGGAUUAGGUAAGCAAAGCAAGAGACCCGUAACCAAGGCUUCCGGAUUCUGCUUAACAGCUACCCAAUCCCAUGAAAACUCGGGUUGAGAGAGGCUCCAACCACGAUCCAGAGAACCUCCAAGCUGAAGAAGAAGCUCAUCUACCAGAUAUGUCAAUCACAUUGGUACUGCGAAUGAUGAACUUCAAAACGUGCUCGCCACCAAGACCCGAACUUCGUCGUUGACCAAGCGAAAAAGCUCGAACCUUUACACGUUCUUCAUCCGAGAACCGGAUUGUAGCUUCAACUGAAAGAUGCCUUCACGUCAUUAGUCGGGGCUUCACUUGUCCAAGAAGCGCUUUCCUUCCAAACCUCCGUCAGAGCCAUAGACGACACUAAACGACUGCAGGAAGACCAGCAACACGCGAAUCCUCUUAACACGCGCCUCCUUCCAUUCAAACUCUGAGCCAUAAACGUCCAGAUCUACGAGAAGAAGGACAGAGACGAAGCCACGCGCCACCAUCUCGUCGUUGGGUCUGACAAAUCAAAAGGGAAAACAGAUCGCCAGCCCGCAACAAACAAACCCUAAAACGCCGACCCUUCUCAGGAGUACCACUUCGAACGGCUCGCCGUCGUUCCAGCUUCCGACUUCCUCCGACCUAGCUCAGCUCCGCCGCGGUCAGAUCUGAGACAGGAGUCUCCGCCGUACACCAGAAGUCUGCGCAUCUCGCCGGGAAGAAAGAGACUCCACAAGAGGGCAAAGUAAAAACAGAGAUGAGGGAGGAAAGAGAGACCUCCGACUCCGGGAGUGGGCACCGGACGUCGGGGGCACCACCGAUUUAGGGUUUCUUUUUUUCUCUGGUUCGGGAGAGGCGAGAGAGAAAAAAGUUUUAGAUUCUCUUGCAGUGAUGUUUUAAUUUACAAAUAGUUGAGCGCGCGCGUACUUUAUAUCCUUAAUUAAGAAACUUAAAAAAAUAUGCACCCGAAAAUUUGUUGAUCUUAAUACUAGCUAACGACUGCAACUAUGAGACAGAUUAAUCGAAACAGAAAAUCACAAAGAUAUAUAAUUAUGUGGCACGAACGACUACUAACAGAAUUGUUGACAUUUGUAUAUAAAAUAUGUUAUUGCACUCGUGACUUAACCAUUUGUCCAACUAAAGGUUUUGAGUCUUCUGCUCUAUAUAUCCCUAUAUGGUAAAUUGGUAAUCGUCUAUAUUGAAAAGUUCGAUUGUCCUUAAUAAUCAUUACCGUAAAUGUUGAGAACUAAUGUCAAGCUAUUUUAAUUUUCACUAGGCUCCAAACUAGGACUAGGCAGAAUAUUCAAAAAUUUUGAUUUGAUUCAUUAUCCAUUUCGAUUCGAAUAAAAAAAUAUGGAUACCCAUAAUUGUAAAAAACAAUCAAAUAAUAAUAUAAAGGGCAUGAUUGGUAAGUGAUGUAGCUUUAUAUUUUUUGCUGUAAAAUUUAAUCUGUAGAUUUAUUUGCUGUAGCUUUCCUUGCUGUAGAUUUCUAAAGCACUAAUUUUUUGCUUUGGAAAUAAAGCUCUGUACAGCUAUAUUUUGAUUUUUCAAAAAAAGAUUUGCUGUGAGUUUUUAAAGGAAAGCAAAGCUCGAUUGGUUGACAUAUAUAGCUGUAGAUUAAAUUUUGGCUGUCCAGAGCAUCUACAGCCCCAACCAAUCAUCCCAAAAUAUCCGUAAGAAACAAACCAAAUCAAAAAUUCUAAAAUAUUUUUAAGAUUGGAUAUUUGAUUUUAUAUCUUUGUGAUAUUCAAACAAUCUAUUGCAACUUUCAUCUUUAUCAAUUAAGACAUUAAACAUUCAAAGAUGGGGUCAGUCAAAUAUAGUAUUCCUAUCAUCAUGUCAAUAACGAAUGUCUUACAGAAUCGACCCCAUUAAAUCAAACUAUAACCUAACCUUUGGAUUUUAUAACACAAAAGCAAAAGGCAGACAAAAAAAGUUGGUUUCUCGUAAAGAGCGAAACAGUAACUCUCUGGUUAGACUUACAGUAUAUACAUACAUUAAACAGCUUUCACCUUCAACUCAUAGAACUUCUCUCACUCAACCAUCGUAACACAGCUCUAUCUUUCUUGAAAGAUUUCAAGUUCAUUUGUUCCCCAAAUGGCGAAAUCAAAAAACAUCUCUACUAGUCAAAGAUUGGGUUGUGAGAGUCUCCUUGGCUGUAUUUUCGAAAGUUGGAGCCCUCGCAGGCGGAAACCCUCUUUGCCAGAGAAAGAUCGCAAGACAAAAGAUUACUUGCCUCCCAAGUCAACAACCAUUCCAAACCCUAAAACCCUUCCAAGAAAAUCAACAGAUUCUUCUUCACAAAGUAAACCAAGAAAGUCAUCAGAUUCGGCCAGAAAAUCGGUGUCGUCAGCUUCAUCAAGACCAGAGAGCAAGACGUUUUCACCUAACGGCGUGAUGGGAAACAUCAUCGUGAAACCACAGCCCGCCCUUAACUCUUCCGACGUGGCACAGACGAAUAGUCGGUGGGAGGGCAAAACGGUAAACUACAGACUUUGUCCGGAGGAUCUGAAGAGAAUGGGAAACGAAGAGUAUUGUCGUGGGCGGUUUGGAGAAGCUCUUGUGUUUUACGAGAGAGCUAUCUUAGCUGACCCGAAAACGCCGACGUAUUGGUCUAACAAAUCCGCAGCUUUGAUCAGUCUUGGUCGUCUUUUAGAAGCUUACGAUGCUUGCGAAGAAGCUUUAAGGUUAAACCCUAAUUACGAGAGAGCUCAUCAGAGACUCGCUUCGCUCCAACUCAGAUUGGGUGAGGCUGAAAAAGCUUUGUGUCACUAUAACCAAGCUGGAAAAUACACAGAGACAAGACAUAUAGAACAGGUUGAAGAUGUAAUAAAAUGCUUAAGGAGGUGUGAUGAAGCUCGGAGAUCAAAGGGAUGGAAUAUUCUGUUGAAAGAAACUUGCUCUGUAAUAUCAUAUGGAGCAGAUUCUUCUCCUAGGGUCCAUGCGCUCCAAACCGAGGCACUAUUGCAUCUUCAGCGACAAGAAGAAGCCUAUGAUGUGUACCAGAAAGGAACAAAACACUUUGAUAUCGAUAUUUACAUAAAGAUGUUUGGUCUUCCCAUCACUUCUUACCUAUUAAUGGUCGGAGCUCAGGUCUACAUUGCAGCGGGAAGGUUUGAAGAUGCAGUAACGGCGUCAAGGCAAGCGGCUCGACUGGAUCCGAGCAAUGAAGAAGUUAACGCAGUGGAUAGAAAAUCUAGAGCGGUUGCUGCGGCGAGACUCAGCGGAAAUUUACUAUUCAAUGCGUCCAAAUUCGAAGCGGCUUGCGUGGUUUACACGGAAGGACUCGAACAGGAUCCCACCAAUGCCCUCUUGCUAUGUAACAGAGCCGCAUCAAGUUUCAAGAUUGGUCUGUACGAGAAAGCUGUAGAAGAUAGCACAUUAGUUCUUAAUCUCCAGCCAUCGUACCGGAAGGCUAGACGGCGCAGGGCGGAUUCUUAUGCAAAGUUGGGGAAAUGGCAACAAGCUAUUCAAGAUUAUGAGUUUUUGAUGAUGGAGACACCUGUAGAUGAGGACACGAGAAGAGCCUUGGCUGUGGCAAAUGUCCGGUUAAGGAAACAGAUUGGUGGAAAUGUCCGGUUUAAAGGAUACGGAUCGGGUUUAGUUGUUGUGAAUGAGAUGGGAGUUUUGGGUUAGAGUAAGAUGAAUUGUAUAGUUUUAUGAGAUUCAAACUUAUAGAUUGUGUCUGCUUGUUUGCUUUGUUUUACUAAGAAAUUAAGUUAUUUUAUUUAAUCGAUUUCUUAUUUUAGGGGGAUUUUGUGUGUUUACUAGUAUAUCAUAUUUUGUAUCAAACUAAUAAAAUAAAACCUCAUCACAUAAGGGAAAUGAUCCGAUAAUGUCUCUUUUUUCGCAAUCUCUUUUUUUUUCGCAAUCUCAGUAUAAUAAUUGUGAUACUUGAAGCCUGAGUACAGAUUAGAAAUUUCAUUCAAAAAAGUACAGAUUAGAAACAGCAUCUCAUGUCAAUUCUCUCGAAGUCUUACGGGUUUGUGGGCACAACUGAAUAAAACAAUAACAUUUGUGUGUUCUAGCUUGAUAAUCAAAUAAAUUCACUAAAAUAACAUAUGGAUUAUUUUUAUUAUUAUUAUUGUUAUGAUAAGAGUUAUUUUCAAUACUACUUAAGAUCUUAUAGUAAAACUAAUCCAAUUUACCACAAGAUGAACAAAAAUAUCAAAAAGAUCGAAUGAAAUAGACAUACGUUAUAGAUAUUUGACAAGAAUCAUAUGUAGGCUUGUUUCUUGUGAUUAUUCAUUUACUAGGUCUUCUACAAGAAGAAAAAUGUGGAUAUUGUCCAUUAUAAAUGGAUAGUGCAAAUUGAUAUCUCUUUUUCAUUUGAAUUAUAUAAUAUGAUUACCACUAUGGUCUAUUUAUUGAACUCCUCAUUGAUUUAAAAAUAUAUAAUCAAACACAAAAUACAAAGAAAUUAUCUACUAAGCAUAUUUUGUAAAAGUAAAAAUCAUGUACAUAUUUGUGUUACAUCACAAUACUCGUGAUACACGAAACAAAGAAAGAAAAGAAAAAA